ACCUAGCUCUCACACUCAUUUGACGCAUUGUACGUAGAGGAUCUCUAACGAAGUUCUAUCGCUCGAGAAGAUGUCAGGACGCGGAAAGGGUGGUAAAGCCAAGGGGAAGGCGAAGUCUCGCUCCAAUCGGGCUGGGUUGCAAUUUCCUGUCGGACGUAUCCAUCGGCUUUUGCGAAAAGGCAAUUAUGCCGAACGCGUGGGUGCCGGUGCUCCGGUUUAUCUAGCAGCUGUAAUGGAAUAUCUUGCUGCUGAAGUAUUGGAAUUAGCGGGAAACGCUGCACGUGAUAACAAAAAGACCAGAAUCAUCCCCAGACAUCUCCAACUUGCCAUCCGCAAUGACGAGGAGUUGAAUAAACUCUUAUCCGGUGUUACCAUUGCUCAAGGCGGUGUAUUACCAAAUAUCCAAGCAGUUCUCUUGCCAAAAAAGACCGAGAAGAAAGCCUAACAAGCAAAAGUCAAACGGCCCUUUUCAG